CUGACUUGGUACUCCACACACCGCUUGAUAGCCACCUGUCUGAUCCCACCUGGGCAUUAGCUUGACUUCAAAGAUGCCUCAGCUACUGCAAAACAUCAGUGGAAUCAUGGAGGCCUUUGGGCGCUAUGCCAGGAUGGAGGGCGACUGCAUGGUGCUCAGCCGAGGGGAGCUGAAAAGACUGUUGGAGCAUGAGUUUGCAGAUGUGAUUGUGAACCCCCAUGACCCGGCAACUGUGGAUAAGGUCCUACGCCUGCUGGAUGAAGACAACACAGGGACUGUGGAUUUCAAGGAAUUCCUGGUCUUGAUGUUUAAAGUUGCCCAGGCCUGUUUCAAGACGAUGAGCGAGAGUCCCAAGGGAGCUUGUGGGUCUCCAGAGUCUGAAAGACUCCACCCCGGGGCCUCCCAAGAGCUGGGGGAAGGACAGAGAAGUGGCACUGAAGUGGGAAGAGUUGGGGAAGGGCAGCAUCACGUGGAGAGUGGCCACGGACAGACCAAGCAGGCUUCCAGAGGGCAGGGCAGACCUGGGACUCAGACCCAGGAUCAAAACAUCGGCUCUACUUGGGUCAGUAGCCACGACAGGCAAACUGAGUCCCAGAGACAGGAGAGAAGCAGCCAGCAGACCCAGAGAGUAGGAGAAGGCAAGAGUCAUCAGACCAGAGAGAGGAGGUCAGAGAAACAGCCACAGACCAGGGAACAGGACAGAGCCGACCACACAGGUGAGAUUGUGACUGGAACAGCAACUCACACCCAGGCAGGUGCCAUUCAGACCCUGGAGCAGGAUAGGCGCCUUCAGACAGGAAGCACCCACACCCAGACACAGGAGUCCACCAGUGGCCAGAACAGAGGGACUGAGACCCACAGUCAGGACAGGAACCAGACUGGUCAAGCUGUGACAGGAGGACACGUUCAGUCACUGGAAGGGACACACACCCAGACAACAGAGCAGGACAGGACCCAUCAGACAGGAAGCACCCACACCCAGACACAGGAGUCCACCGGUGGCCAGAAUAGAGGGACUGAGACCCACGGUCAGGACAGGAGCCAGACCAAUCAGGCUGUGACAGGAGGACACACUGGGACAGGAGGAUACAUUCAGACACAGGAAGGGACACACACCCAGACUGUGGAGCAGGAUAGAAGCCAGACUGUAAGCCAUGGAGGGGUUAGAGAACAGGGACAGACGCAGAUGCAGUCAGGCAGUGGCCAAAGAUGGACACAAGUGAGCAGCUAUGAGACAGGAGAGACAGUGCAGGGAGGCCAGGCCCAGAAUGGGGCGAGCACUGUGUCAGGAAGACAGGACUGGAGCAGCACUCACCCAGGGGGCAGUGUGACCGGAGGGCAGGGAGAAAGACAGCCUGCAGUGGUUAGCGCAGAGUGGGUUGAUGACCUCACAAGGGAGACAGUGUUCCACAGGCAGGACCAGAACAGCCCGCACACCGGUGUUCCUUCAGCACAGGGCCAGGGUGCAGCCCAGCCAGAAGAGAGGCGAGGUAUCACAGCCAGGGCGCUGUAUUCCUAUUUCAAAAGCAGCAAACCUUGACUCCCCCUGA